CGCGCGCUAAUCCUUUCCACAUUCCAUGUGGCACGUGACACUGGCAGUGUCGGGUCCGUCGAGGGCUCCCAUUGGGUCCUGAACGCGCAGAAAAAUCUAAAGGCUCGUCUUUCAUCGGUGACAAAUUUCUCGAGCACGCAGAUGCGUCUAGAACUUGUUCCUCGUCGAUGGCAAGAUUUUUGAACGCGUAAGCGCCGCGUCGAAUCGUCUUCUCUCCGUUCGGUAAAGCGAGAUAGCCAGAAGAGAAGUUAUCGCGAACUCGGCGAGUAGGUGUGGAAAGUCUUUUUAUCGCCGAUUCAGCGUCCCGCGGCUCGUAUCUACGGUGGUGACGAAUUAAUUCCCGUACGUAGGUGUGGAACAGGGAAAAAACUUUAGUUCCCCGUAGCAACUCGCCGCGAGUGUGUCUCGGACGUAGUUUCGGCCCCGACCGGAAAUCCGUCGCGGAGUCAGUGGGUGUGCCGUGGCUCGUUCACGAUGGAGGAAGCAUGCGAGUCCCAGGCACAAAUGGAAAGCCUCUACGAAGUGUACAACACCGAGAAGGCCGAGACGAAUAUUUUCAGCCUCGACGCGCUACUGGCAGACCUGCAGAACACAGUGUCGUCGGAGGGAAAUCACGUCGGUAGCAAUGCGACGCCAGGUUACGGAUCAUUGAACGGCGCUCGAACCGGCGCGUACAGAGCCUACGACAAUCGCACGUCCCCACUUCCGGCGCAAUCGCCGACCUAUCAGAACCGAGAGGCCAUCGAGGAGACAAUCGGGAAAAGCAGCGCCGGAGGAAAGAUGCCCUCGUUGAACAACAACCUCUCGGAGCUGGACACUCUGCUCCAAGACCUCAGCAACGCUCAUUACAACGCGCAUUAUCAAGAAAGAGAGAACCGCGUCUCCUCCGGCGGAAUGAAUGGAGACUCUAGUCCGAUGCUUCGAUCUCCUAGCAGCAUGUCCGCUUCGAGGCCAACCGUGGACUCUUUGCUCGAGGAGCUGAGCACUGCGGUGCCUAAUGGAGAUUACCCUUCCGACGGAAGAGUGAAAGUUACCAUUCAGGAGACGUCCACCGAGAUUCAACCUGUCUACGAGGGCUACCCUUCGAGACAUGGCUCGUUGAAUCGGUCCGAGAUACAGAGAGGAUACACGAACGGCCAUACUGCCAGCAACGCUACCAAGGAGCUCGACGAUCUCAUGGCUUCCUUGUCCGACUUCAAGAUCAAUAGUGGAUCCCAUCAGCAUCAGACGGUGACCGAAUCCCCGUACGCGAAGCCGAACAAAGCCACCAAGAGCUCGCAGAGUCCGCUGCCACCCGAGGGCACGCAGACCAGGAUCCACAUCACCGAGACCCACACCACCCAUCACUACCAGCAGCAACACGGAGAGCCUUAUCCCCCGCAGCCGGCUGCUCAACACAAACAGAACCAGUUGGAUUCUAUGCUAGGAAACCUUCAGGCAGACAUGAGUCGUCAAGGUGUCAACACCACUCAGAAGGGAUGCUGCAGCGCCUGCGAGAAGCCGAUUGUGGGACAAGUGAUCACCGCCCUGGGCAAAACGUGGCACCCGGAGCACUUCACCUGCACCCACUGCAAUCAAGAGCUGGGCACGAGGAACUUCUUCGAGAGGGAAGGCCAGCCGUACUGCGAGUCCGACUACCAUAAUCUCUUCUCGCCCCGUUGCGCCUACUGCAACGGCCCCAUUCUGGACAAAUGCGUGACCGCUCUGGAGAAGACCUGGCACACGGAACACUUCUUCUGUGCCCAGUGCGGCAAACAGUUUGGGGAGGAAGGAUUCCACGAGCGGGACGGGAAACCAUACUGUAGGGAAGACUAUUUCGACAUGUUCGCGCCUAAGUGCGGCGGCUGCAACCGCGCCAUCAUGGAGAAUUACAUUUCCGCGUUGAACAGUCAGUGGCAUCCUGACUGCUUUGUCUGCAGGGAUUGCAAGAAACCGGUGUCCGGAAAGUCGUUUUACGCCAUGGAGGGCAAACCCGUUUGCCCGAAGUGCGUGGGCGUUGACGACGAGGAGGAAGAGGAGGAGGAGGAAGAUUGCAGACAAAAGUUCCAAGGGGGUUCGUUCUUUGAUCACGAAGGCCUACCAUACUGUGAGACACACUAUCACGCCAAGAGAGGGUCCUUGUGCGCGGGAUGCCACAAACCAAUUACAGGUCGUUGCAUAACAGCGAUGUUCCGGAAGUUCCAUCCGCAACACUUUGUUUGCGCGUUCUGUCUGAAACAAUUGAACAAAGGUACCUUCAAAGAACAAAACGACAAGCCCUACUGCCAUGGAUGUUUCGACAAGUUAUUUGGCUAGGAAUCAUUAGAAAAGUAUUCAUAAUUGUAACAUAAUGGAUAACAAGACAAAACCAGUGGACUCUUUCGCUUGGUACUAUGUUUACAAUGUUACGGACUGCCCGUAUGCGAACGCGUUCACGCGCAUAAAGAAAAUGCAAAUCGCUUUAGUCGUUUUAAGGAACCAUACAUGUACUUUACGAAUAUCGCUUGUCGCCGCGGCACGAGACAGUCCGCUGAGAUUCGAUUGCGAACAGCGACGUUCGACAUGGUGCAACAUUGCAGUUAACAUUAACAUGUAUCGUUCGUUCGUUCUUACCACGAACGAUAAGGUAUUAAGGUAUUCACAGUCACCGUUAUACUUCCAUUGUCCUUAAUAAGGGCACGUUGCUAAUAUUUUUAGGAGCAUUUUAUAUCAGGUACUUUACAUUGACCGUAUUGUCUAAGGAUUAAUAAAGGGUGCUAAUUAGUAGCUUGUUUUUACUAA